UGCGGUGAGUGUGUGUGUGCACCGUGGAGCCCCCUCCUCCUUAACUAGCUGGUCAGCAGCGGAGGGAUUAGUGAAGCCAGCACUGCUAACAGAAGGAGGGGGGAUUGCAAUAAGCGUGAAUCAUGCCCGUCGUCAUUACUACCGGCUGGGAGUGGAGCCGAAAUUGUGCAAGAUACGGAUAACAGCGAAGAAAGGUCCGUGUGGAUCGAGUCAAGUUUCCAGAGGACUCCUCUUUUCUGCCGUGAAAAUGUCUCACCGGGGGCUCCUCUGCCGCCGCCGCUGCUGCUCCUCGGACCCGUCGCAUUAUUUUGCUUCCUCCCUCACAUGUGCUUUAUGUUGAACAAGUGGUAGAAACCUGUGAGAGAGGACGACAAACCAAAGGACGUGCGGAUAUUUCUUUCAUUUAUCGCCGUGCAGAGAUUUUCUCAAGACAGAAAGGGGGGAAAACUUGUACUUGUUGGUCAAACAUGGGGAACGCAGGGAGCAUGGACCAGCACACUGAUUUCAGAGGACACAACAUGCCUCUGAAACUACCCAUGCCCGAGCCGGGGGAACUGGAGGAGAGAUUUGCAACCGUUUUGAACUCGAUGAAUCUUCCUCCAGACAAAGCGCGACUGUUGCGGCAGUACGACAACGAGAAGAAAUGGGAACUCAUCUGUGAUCAGGAGCGGUUCCAAGUGAAAAACCCGCCUCACACGUACCUCCAAAAGCUGAGGAGUUAUCUAGACCCAGCAGUCACAAGAAAGAAAUUCAGACGGAGAGUUCAGGAGUCCACCCAAGUCCUGAGAGAACUGGAAAUUUCGUUACGGACCAAUCAUAUAGGGUGGGUGAGAGAAUUCUUAAAUGAAGACAACAAAGGCCUGGAUGUGCUGGUGGAGUACCUUUCUUUUGCACAGUAUGCCGUCACGUUUGAUGGAGACUGUGCAGAGAACAACCCAGAGGCUGCCAUGGAUAAGUCUAAACCCUGGAGUCGCUCUAUAGAAGACCUGCAUGGAGGAAGCACCCUGCCGUCUUCCAUCACCGGGAAUGGAAUCACACGUGGCGGGCGACAUUCCACGAUACGCUGCAACACACUGCCGAGCCGGAGAACUCUGAAAAACUCCAGGCUCAUCUGCAAGAAAGACGAUGUCCAUGUCUGCAUCAUGUGCCUGCGUGCUAUCAUGAACUACCAGUAUGGCUUCAACAUGGUCAUGUCACACCCACAUGCUGUGAAUGAAAUUGCACUAAGUCUCAACAAUAAAAACCCAAGAACCAAAGCUCUGGUUUUGGAGCUCCUGGCGGCAGUAUGUCUCGUGAGAGGAGGCCAUGAAAUCAUUCUCUCUGCGUUCGACAACUUUAAGGAGGUGUGUAUGGAGGAGCAGCGGUUUGAGAGGCUAAUGGAGUAUUUCAAGAACGAGGACAACAACAUCGACUUCAUGGUGGCUUGUAUGCAGUUCAUCAACAUAGUGGUGCACUCUGUGGAAGACAUGAACUUUAGAGUUCACCUACAGUACGACUUCACCAAGCUGUGUCUGGACGACUACUUAGACAAACUGAAGCAUACAGAGAGUGACAAGCUGCAGGUUCAGAUCCAGGCCUACUUGGACAACGUGUUUGAUGUGGGAGCACUUCUGGAGGAUGCAGAGACCAAAAAUGCCGCUCUGGAGCGGGUAGAGGAGCUGGAGGAGAACAUGUCACAUAUGACAGAGAAGCUGCUGGACACGGAGAAUGAGGCCAUGUCCAAGAUCGUGGAGCUGGAGAAGCAACUGAUGCAAAGAAACAAGGAGCUUGAAUCGAUCAGGGAAGUCUACAAAGACACCAGCUCGCAGGUACUCACACUGCGGCAGAUGUUGAAGGAGAAGGACGAGGCCAUCCAGCGACAGAGCAACCUGGAGAAGAAGAUCCACGAACUGGAGAAACAAGGCACCAUCAAGAUUCAAAAGAAGGGAGACGGAGACAUCUCCAUCCUGCCCUCACCACCCUCUGCUGUGCAGGGUGUGCCGGGUGCUGUGAUGGGAGGAAACGGUGCAGCUGUCAGUCCAAAUCAUACAGGAGUUGUAGCGAGUGUGCCAGCUCCACCUCCACCUCCUCCACCCCCUCCACUGCCAGUGAACGGCACAUUGUCAAACGGACCAUCAUCAGUUAUUCCUGCAGUAGCAGCAGCUCCACCACCGCCACCGCCCCCCCCUCCACCUCCGCUUCCACCACUAGGGCCGGAAUCAGAGAUCUCAGUACCUAUGCCUCCUCCGCCUCCUCCUGUAGCGCCCCCGUUGCCUGGCUGUGGGACACCCACUGUCAUCAUGAACUCUGGGUUAGCAGCUGUUAAGAUCAAGAAACCCAUCAAGACAAAGUUCCGGAUGCCCGUCUUCAACUGGGUUGCCCUGAAACCAAACCAGAUCAAUGGGACUGUCUUCAACGAGAUUGAUGAUGAGAGGAUACUUGAGGACCUGAAUGUGGACGAGUUUGAGGAGAUGUUUAAGACGAAAGCUCAGGGUGCAGCAAUCGACCUCAGCUCAAGCAAGCAGAAGGUCAUCCAGAAGGGGCCCAACAAGGUGGCGCUACUGGACUCCAACAGAGCAAAGAACCUGGCCAUCACACUGAGGAAAGUGGGCAAGACUCCUGAGGAGAUCUGCAAGGCCAUUCAGAUCUUUGACCUGAGAACUCUACCUGUGGACUUCGUAGAGUGCUUGAUGCGCUUCCAGCCCACAGAAAAUGAGAUUAAAAUCCUGCGGCAGUUUGAGAAGGAGCGCAAGCCGCUGGAGAGCCUGACGGAUGAGGACCGCUUUAUGAUGCAGUUCAGUAAAAUCGAGCGGCUCAUGCAGAAGAUGACCAUCAUGGCCUUCAUUGGCAACUUCUGUGAGAGCGUGCAGAUGCUUACGCCGCAACUUCAUGCAGUCAUCGCAGCGUCUGUGUCAAUCAAGUCAUCACAGAAGCUCAAGAAAAUUCUCGAGAUUAUCUUGGCACUUGGAAACUACAUGAACAGCAGCAAAAGGGGAGCAGUGUACGGAUUCAAGCUGCAAAGUUUAGACUUGCUACUUGAUACCAAGUCGACGGACCGUAAGAUAACGCUGUUACACUACAUAGCCAAUGUAGUGAAAGAGAAAUAUUCUCAGGUUUCUCUCUUCUACAAUGAGCUGCACUACGUGGAGAAGGCUGCAGCCGUGUCGUUGGAGAACGUCCUGCUGGAUGUGAAGGAGCUGCAGAGAGGCAUGGAGCUGACCAAAAGAGAGUACAGCAUGCACGGCCACAACACCAUGCUCAAAGACUUCAUCACACACAACGAGAGCAAGCUGAAGAAGCUGCAGGAUGAUGCCAAGAUUGCACAGGAUGCCUUUGACGAGGCGGUGAAGUUCUUCGGGGAGAACUCCAAAACAACGCCACCCUCCGUCUUCUUCCCUGUGUUUGUACGAUUUGUAAAGGCGUACAGGCAAGCAGAAGAGGACAACGAGCAGAAAAAGAGACAGGAGCAGCUUUUGAUGGAGAAACUUCUAGAACAGGAGGCCAUGAUGGAGCAAGAUCAGAAGUCUCCAUCCAAGAACAAGCGGCAGCAACAAGAGCUGAUUCAGGAGCUCAGGAGGAAGCAGGUGAAAGACAGCCGCCACGUCUAUGAAGGCAAAGAUGGAGCUAUUGAGGACAUCAUCACGGAUUUAAGGAAUCAGCCUUACAGGCGAGCAGACGCUGUGCGGAGGAGUGUCAGGAGACGCUUUGAUGAUCAGAACCUGCGGCCGGUGAACAACGGCGAAGUGGUCAUGUGACGAGGGAGCAGUGCAUGUGCUGGAGGGGGAUGAAAAUGGUGAGGAUGCGUUAGAGAGGGAGAGACAGGAGGUUGGAUGCAGAGUGAAGGAUGAUAAGUGAAAGAUGACAAGUGUAGCAGCCAUAGAGAUGAGUAUGUAUAUAUAUUACAUAAGAAUACAAGUUAUUCCAUGUCUGUGGUAUAGUAGCAGCUUUUCACGAUGAAGGACUGGGACAUGUAUGGGACUGAAUUUAAAGUGUCUGAAAGGUUUAUUUAGAAACCUUAGACAAGCCAAGUGCCUGAUCUUUAUUUGUUUGUCUGAUGACUGUUUUUGAUAUUACCCCACUUUAAGCAAUACGUGUUGACCUGGCUUUAAUUUAAAAGGAACAGUUCACCUGAAAAAAACCCAGAUACAUACAUUUCCUCUUGCUUGUAGUGCUAUUAACCAAUCUAGAUUGUUUUGGUGUGAGUUGCAGUGUGUUGGAAAAAUAAAGAUGUCUGCCUUCUCUCCAAUAUAACUUCUAGAGGCAAUGACAUAACAGAUGUCCAAUAAGCGUCGAUGUGUUACAGCUUUUUGUUUACAAUAAUGUAUGUUUCUCCAUUUUCUCACUGUCCGUUCCCUCCUUUAUGUAUGACCUCUAGCUGAAAUUAUGUUUGAAUGUAGAUUGAAACUGAUAUAGGCAAGAAAAAAGUUAUGUGUCCUUGAAAAGUCUUGAAAAUGUGUGGGAACCGUAUGUUGAGUUUUUCCAAAUGUAUUUUUUUGGUGCUUUGAGGACCACAAUCAGAGUGCUAUCUACUCAUAUCCUGCUCAAUAAAGGCAGACAUCUCUACACCCAAUAUGUCCAAAACUCUGCAACUCAUACCAAAACAAUAUCGAUUGACAAAUAGCAGUACAAGAAAAAGGAAAAAUAUGUUUUUGAUUUUGAUUUUGAUUUUGGGGUGACCUGUCCCUUUAAGGUGUGUAAAACUGGACUCACGGUGGCCUUAAGAGCCACAUAAUGAGACGCUUCCCUCGAGACUUAAUGUAGAAUGUAUGGGAUGCGUUCCCUUUAGCUGUUACAAAUACUACAUCUGUUGUAUCUCAGUACAUUCCGGUGCUCUUCUCCAUUCCUCUUACUACACAAACGUGCUCAACCUGCACCUUUCUUCUUACAUCUCAUGAUUUUUCAACUUUGACCAAAAGGGCUGAUGAUCAGGCAUGAAGAAGGCGAUAAGAAAAGUAAUUAAAACUCUAUAUUUGUACAAAAGUAUAAGGAUGAUGAAGAAUGAACAAAAGACAUCAAAACCAUUUAAAAACAAGACCGAGCCAAUGUGAAUUGUAUAUAUCAGGCCUCUCUUCAUGCUGACUUCUCUGUCAUAAUUUGUGACUUCAGUUAUAGAGCAAGCCUGAAUUUGUGGCUAUUGAUCCAUAGAAGAAGCCGUCUGCUCGUAUAAAAUACUACCGUCCAUAUAGAUGUUGCAUUGCUGUAGCAGCAAAGCAAUUUGUCUGUUUUUUGGGAACAAAUUUUGAGUAAACGAGCCUGUAAAGCAGCAUAAAAACACAUUUUCUAUGUAGUAACUGCACGGAAGAUAACCCUACUGGGGGAUCUCAUUGUUAAAACUGGAUAUAACUUUGCAUUUCAUCUCUGUCAACUUUUCUUUUCUUUUUUUUUGCAGAUUAAAUUUAUUCCAGGCUACUGUGUUAAAUCACUUUAUUGUAAUUUUAAUGUAUAGUAUUUAACCACUGAAAGAAUUCCUUUAAGCUCGUGUUUUCAUCUAAUGUUAAAAACAAAAAAGUACACAAAACAAAAAAGUUUCCUAAAUGUACAGAUAUUUUGCUACAAACCUUUUUUUUUUUUUUUUUUUUUUUACUUAAUUCACAUUACCAGAUGGUUAAUAUUGUACAUAUUGUUUAAACAAAAGUUUUCAUUGCCUUGUGCUAUACAACUUGAAUGUUAUUUUAACUUAUAGUUUUCAUUUUUUUGUAUAUUUAAUUAAGCCAAAUGCAGCCAGAGUCUACAGUAGUGUGUUAAUCAUAAAAACGUCUCACGAUCAUGCAGGAGGCAGCAGAUCACUGCUUGUGGUUGUGUCACAUCUGCAUCAGAGCCAGCUACAAAAACAUGCAACACGUUUUGAUCUACAAGUGUUGCUACAUUUGAACAGAUUUAAACUUUUAACCAUACACAUUGUUGACCUGUGAUUAGCUGGUUUGGUGGCUUAGUGAUACAACCUCCUGUACUUAUGUCCACUGAAGCAUGUGCUGCCGUUCAUCUCCUUUUUCUCUCAACUUCACUGUCUAAUAGUGACAUUUCUCUAACUGGAUAAUACUGGCAUGUAGUUUGUUUGUUUUGUUUUUUUUACUUUCAUCAGAAAUGUAUUUUAGGCAGUUUGUGCUUAUUACAAAAUAACAAGCUUUUUUUCUUUUAUUAGGUGACAUGAGAUUUUCAAUGAAUAUGAUCAAAUAAACUAUUUACAUUGAAUAUAAAA